CGGGCGGGCCGGGGGGUGGGGGGGGGGGCGCGGAGCCGGGCUCCGGGCCGGCCGGGCUCCGCGCCUGUCAAACCCCUCAUUGUUCGCAGCUGAUGUCACUCGCAGUUGUGAGCGGCCGCCUCUCCCGGGGACAAUGUGGGACUGAGCGGCCCAGCCGCCGCGCCGCCGCCGCCGCCGCCGCCGCAGGACAGCCCCAGCGAGAGCCGCCAGGCACCGUGGACACACUCCUAGGCCGCUGUGGCCCCAGCCCCGCUUGACAGGAUGAGCGGCUCAGACGCGGGGCUGGAGGAGGAGCCGGAGCUCAGCAUCACCCUCACACUGCGGAUGCUGAUGCAUGGGAAGGAGGUUGGCAGCAUAAUUGGGAAGAAAGGAGAGACUGUAAAGCGAAUCCGGGAGCAGAGCAGUGCCCGGAUCACCAUCUCUGAGGGCUCCUGCCCUGAGCGCAUCACCACCAUUACCGGGUCUACAGCUGCUGUCUUCCAUGCGGUCUCCAUGAUUGCCUUCAAGCUGGAUGAGGACCUUUGCGCCGCUCCUGCAAAUGGUGGAAAUGUCUCCAGGCCCCCGGUGACCCUGCGCCUCGUCAUCCCCGCAAGCCAGUGUGGCUCACUGAUUGGGAAGGCCGGCACCAAGAUCAAGGAGAUUCGAGAGACCACGGGUGCCCAGGUGCAGGUGGCAGGAGAUCUGCUCCCCAACUCUACAGAGCGUGCUGUCACCGUGUCCGGGGUGCCUGAUGCCAUCAUCCUGUGUGUGCGCCAGAUCUGCGCUGUUAUCCUGGAGUCCCCACCUAAAGGAGCUACUAUCCCAUAUCAUCCGAGCCUCUCCUUAGGUACCGUCCUUCUCUCUGCCAACCAGGGUUUUUCUGUCCAGGGUCAGUAUGGGGCUGUGACCCCCGCCGAGGUCACUAAGCUCCAGCAGCUUUCAGGCCACGCGGUCCCCUUCGCCUCCCCCAGCAUGGUGCCAGGACUGGAUCCUGGCGCGCAGACCAGCUCACAGGAGUUCUUGGUUCCCAAUGACCUGAUUGGCUGCGUGAUUGGGCGCCAGGGCAGCAAGAUCAGUGAGAUCCGGCAGAUGUCAGGGGCACAUAUCAAGAUCGGGAACCAAGCAGAAGGUGCUGGCGAGAGGCACGUGACCAUCACUGGCUCCCCUGUCUCCAUCGCCCUGGCCCAGUACCUCAUCACUGCCUGUCUAGAAACGGCCAAGUCUACCUCUGGGGGGACGCCCGGCUCGGCCCCCACAGACCUGCCUGCCCCCUUCUCGCCGCCCCUGACGGCCCUGCCCACAGCUCCCCCAGGCCUGCUGGGUACACCCUAUGCCAUCUCCCUCUCCAACUUCAUCGGCCUCAAGCCUGUGCCCUUCUUGGCCCUACCACCUGCCUCCCCAGGGCCGCCGCCGGCUUUGGCGGCCUACACCGCCAAGAUGGCAGCAGCCAAUGGGAGCAAGAAAGCUGAGCGGCAGAAAUUCUCCCCCUACUGAGGCUGGCUGAGGCACAGGCGCAGGGGUAGGCAGGACCGCCGGUAGGGGGCUGCCUCUGCACCCUACCUGCCCAAGGAGGCUCCACCCUGGGCUCCCAAACGCCACUAAUGCCCAGACGCAUGGAUGCACCACCCCCCCCCCCCCACACCACCACCCAACCCGGGUCUGUGGGAGAGUUCCUCCUCUCGCAGUGGGAGCAGUUUCUGGCCCAGGGACUGGGAGCCGCAGCUGCCCCAGGGUAGGGGGCUCCACCCCCUCUAGCUCUAUGCUUGGAUGCAGGGAGCAUCCUUAGUGCCCCCACGUCAGAGGGUCACUCAUGUACUCCUCAUCCCUUAGGGCUUUGCAGCCUACUGCCCCCCCCACCCCAUGGGGAUCAGGGAGAAGGGCUGGGGGGUGGCUGGGGGCCAUGCUUCUCUCCCCACCUCCCUGCAGAUUCCUGCUGCUUCCACUGAUACCCUUUUGACUGGAAUGGACUAGCUGGGCUUGGCAGAGGGCAACCCAAAGAGGGGACCCUGCUGGGCAGCUGGGGGAGUGGCAUGGAGGCAGGGGCCGAAUUCUCAGCAGCAGACACUCUGUACAGUUUUUUCAAUCCCUGUUUUUGAAUAAAUAUUCUCAGAGA